GCGAUAACGCGCGAGAUAGCCUCGCAGCGCCCCGGCAGAGCGGUGCGGCGGCACUCAGUCCUACCGCGAUGGUGACGACGACGGGGACCCACGCCGCCACGGCGGUGCUGCUCCUCAUCGCAGCUGUUGCUGCCGACUGGAUCACAGAGCCGCGAUGUCUUCGAGUGGGUGGGACCAUAAAGAUCGACAGUGAAGUCGUUCCAGAUGUUGCGCAAAUCUGUAGUUGGUGCGAUCAGUCCUCUUCACAUCCCGUUAUCUUGCAUUGGGAUAAGAAAUAUUUGAUCAUCUACGUAGACAGUUACAGCUCGUCGAAGACCUUCAAUGUCAGAGAAAUUCAAUACUAUGAAGGGACAUGGUCUUGGUACAGUGAAUUAACCGGAGUCAGGGGUAACAUCAAUGGAGCAGUAACAUGUAGCCAUCCUAUAGCUUCAGAUAUGCUAUGUAUGGGGACGAAUAAUCCUCCCGACGACCACUCAUGUCCCGCAACGGCCAGCAAAGUGAUGGCCAAAGCACACAAAGCAAGUGCCCCAGUCCGAGCCGAAGAGUGCAACCCGUCCAAACGAGCCAUCAACUUGACAGACUUUUACGUUCAGUACUCCACUGCCAACGAUACGUCAAUAGUGCCGGAGAUUACGAGCGGGUGCUUUGCCACAGAGGCCUCGGACUUGCCGCUCAUCCUGGGCGUUUCCGGCGGCGUCACUGCAUGCGUCCUUCUGGCUGCGGCCUUCGCGGCGGCACCGCGUCUCUUGUGUUCCACGUGACGUCGUGUGCAUCAAAACAUACUCAAAAGAAAGUUGCUACCCAAUUUUACCUGCGAUUUCAUUGACAAAUAGACACUAGAAUGUGAUAAUCUUUAAUAAACUACAACCAUAAGAAUUCCUUUAUCA